AUGAAGUCCUUGGUGCUGGCCACCCUUGCAGUUGGUCAAGCAUAUGCUGCCAGCGUGGGCCACAUCCACUCGGCCUUCCACAGCCAUGCCCGCAAGCACGACCACGCCCAAGUCGAGAAACGUGCCACAGCCUUGACCGACACUGAUGCUAGCAAACUCACUUCCUUGGGCGUUGCUGCUCUGGGCGUCAACGCCGCGGUCGCAAACGGGCAUUCCUGGCUGGGCACUGACGGUCCUUACCAGAACGAAUUCGUCAACGAGUCGGGCGAAGACUUGAUUCUUGUGAUCUGGGGGGUUGCAGGCUCGUGGAUCAACGCCGUCCAGCCCAGCAUCACCGCCUCCAUUCCCGCCAAUGGGUCUGUCUGGGUCUCCUUUGCGGACGGAGCCUCGGGCGCCUGGACUGCCAUUUACCCUGAUACUCAACUCGUCAACGGCCAGGCUUCCAACACCUGGGGUGAAUUCACCUUCGGCCUCUAUGGUGUGGUUGAUGUGUCGCGUGAGGUCAACAUGAACGGUCACUCUUUGAGCAUUGUCGGCCCCUCAUGCACCAGCGACAUGAACACAUGCGUCUUCCAAUGCGCCUCGGGAGAUGUCUGUAUCACCGACUACGUCCUGCUCAACUGCGAAAACGGAUCGCAACCCGGAGCCAACUAUGGUACCUACGACGGUGCACCUUCCGGUGGAUGCGGUGGCAUGGGUUCUAGCGCCACUCUCCGGACGACCUUCUCUUAG